AUGCCUUACACUCCUCCAGCCCAGCUUUCUCCUGCAAGCUCGAAGAACCCCAGUCCCACACCGAGCCGGUCUCACUCCUACAUCAAAGGGCAGCAACUACUCUCUCCGGAGCUUCCGGCGUCUUCUGGCCGUCCAGACCUGCCGCGUUCGCAGGGUUCCUCCUCCUACAUCUCAAAGCACCGACGGAGCCCCUCAUUAAAUGACGCGCAGAACGGCGAAGUCCUCCAUAAUGGGGAGGCAUAUGAAGAGAAUGGCGCUUUUGAUCCCCAUGGCAGCAUCCGACAGUCACCUCCGCCUGUAACCAACUCCGCGAUGCCCGCCCAGAUGACGAUAUCGCCCCCCGAAUCGUCUCACAAUUCCAGUGACGAGGAUGAGCCUGAAAGAGGACGGACGAGGGAUCUGGAGGUGGAAAACCUCGAAGCGUUACAUGCUGCAAUUCGGUCAAUAGACUUGAGAAAGUCCACCGGCUCCCCCACCCGUGGAGGGGAUCUCCCCUCUACCAAGCUGGACGUUCCAGUCUCUCGCCUGGACGGGACUCACUCCGCUGGCCCACAACUGCAACGACCUCCUCUGUCGCAAGAAGCCCGGAAGAUCUCUCACUCCAGAUCAUCCACCGACUCUAGCAUAGUCUUCGAACCUCCCCAAAAACAGACACCUUCAGUCGUUAUGCCGUCCGAAUCCGAUGACAGUGAUACUGAUAACGGCCCUGGCGAGCUGGUCCGGCCUGCUCUACGGCCAUCAUCACGGCGGCGGCCUUCUAGUAUGCCUGGAACGCCAACCUACUCCAAGGCCGUCCACUUUGAUUCGCACCUGGAACAUGUCCGGCAUUUCCUGCAGGUCGAUCGACCGCUUGCUGUCAGUGCAGGUUCCUCACCUGUAGAAAACUAUGAGAGUGAGGGCGAGUUCCCCUUUGGGUCGGAUGAGGCAAGCUCUCGACCUCGUUCCUCCGCAUACGAGUGGGAGAUUUCUUUGGCCAACUUCCCUCGAGACUCAGAAACUCGCAGAUCACAGCCUGUGUUUGUCGAUCGAGUCUUUCUUUCAGCAGACAAUAAACACCUUGUGGGCAACAUUGCUGUCCAGAAUCUUGCCUUCCAAAAAUCGGUUGUAGUCCGCUUCACCCUUGAUUACUGGAAGACCACAUCCGAGAUUGUCGCCGACUAUAACAAUGAUGUCCGCCGGAAAGGUCCUCAUGACAACCUUGACCACUUCAACUUCAGCAUCAAACUCGCAGACCAGGCAAAUCUCGAGACUAAAACAUUGUUCUUCUGCGUGCGCUACAACGUCAACGGUCAGGAGUUCUGGGACAACAACGGGGGCUACAACUACCAAGUGGACUUUAGCAAGAAGGCCAAGGCGCCCCAGGCCAAGAAGCCUGCGGCGGCGCCCGGUCUGGGUGAGAGGCCACUGAAUGCCUUACCUCGGAGUCGGCCGUCCUCAGCAACGUCCUCUGGUAGACCAGUCUCCAUGCCCACAUCGUUUGAUGACUUCUCAACAGGGUUCGACAACUUUGGAAGCUUCGGUCAGUCCGCCGGCACUCUCAUGGGUGAGCCCAAGCUCAAAUUGAGAAGCCCGCGGUCAAAGGCUGAGCUGAUUCCUGACGCUCCUCAGCGCCGUAAGCAAGCCGGCCCUCAAGCAUUCGGGCAUCGGUACGAUUUCAACUCAUCUUUGACAGCGGCGAAGAACAACGCAUAUGCCGCUCUGGGCGAUUGGUCUGGCUUGAAUCUGAGGGCAACCGCAAAGCAGUCUUCCCACGACGUUCCUGCGACCAUCCCCGUCGCCCAGAGCGUUGUAGAUGCUGCCCCUAAGCAUGAAAACGGCGUCAAUGGUCUCAAAACCGGCGCCAGUAAUGCCACUUUUCUGGCAUCCAAGCCCGCGGCUUUGGUCUCUGAGAAACCAUCACUCACCUCGCAAUCAUAUCAGGAACUUGUGGACAAAUACUGCUUUGUAGGUGCCCAGGGCAAGAGCGAGGAAGUCACGACACAUUGA